AUGACAGGGUCUUCUGCCAAUGAGACCAGUCGAAACAGAGCGUUGCCAAACCGGCAAGGAUCACACCGCAGGAAAAGGGCGGCAACCUCCAGACCUGAGAGGGUGUGGCCAGAAGGUGUCAUUCCCUAUGUCAUCAGUGGGAACUUCAGUGGUAAGUCCCACGUCAUCGCUGCUGUUUACUUGCCCUAUGUGUUUUAUAUGUGCCCUAUAACAUAGUUCCCUACUAAAAGGUGGCAGCUGGUGUCCAUUCAGCAUACUUCAGCAUACUUGCAUCCACUACAUUAAAAGGAAUGUCUUGGCAGCUAUUGGACAUAACACAUUUAUUAACUUUACUUGGGAUGAAUUUGGCACUACGAGCAAGCUGUCAGCAUUGGUAUUUUAUCCUCCUAUUUAUGUGUAUUAUGCACUUCAGCCUCACUGAUCUCCUCCCUUCUUCCCAUCACAUUUAGGCAGCCAGCGGGCGAUAUUCCGCCAGGCCAUGCGUCACUGGGAGAAGCAUACUUGCGUGACCUUUAUGGAGAGGACAACAGAGGAGAGCUACAUUGUGUUCACCUACCGGCCGUGUGGGUGAGUCCACGCAGGCCUGGGCUCGCCUCCCUCAGGAAGGAAGUGUAGCUGGUCAGCCUGCUCAGACAUGACACUCCUUUAUCCACACAGCCAUAAUGAUUUAUCGCUUAAGUACUUUUCCUUACCUCUCCUCCAUCGUCCUUUAGUGCUGGCUCAUCUCCUCUGUCCGCAGUCUGUCUGCAUGAGUUGUGCUAAUUGCAGCCCCCUGCAAGUCCUGAGAAAGACGGCCAUUCAGGCCCUAGGAAUGCUUGCUUUGCCUCAUAGUCCUGACACAUCUUUCCCUGAGCACUGUUGUCACACAUGUUUUUUUUAUGGCACCCAAGGGAGACCUCCUCAGCUUUACCAUAACCCGACCGCUUUCAUUCCACGUGAUAUAUUUUGUCAUUUUCCCAGCUAUGCAUGUUUUUAAGUUCAAAUGAGUUCACACAAAAACUGUAGCUGCGUUGAUGGCGUUAUACUCUGGCUCUGCAUGUACAGCAAAUCCGUUACCAAGAAGAACAUAUUAAAGAGCGGAUUUGGAGCAUAAACUGCCCUUUUUCCACCCAGCUGUUGAUAGCCAUUUUUAGCCUGGUAACUAUCCUCCAGAGUAACAGGGAUGACAUUAUCCACGCAGGCGGCCGCAGUUAGCAGUGGGAAUGCCUGGGCUCUGGGCUGGCCUGCUGCAGGCCCCAUCUGUCCUGUGCAAAGUUCAAGGCCCGUCUCAGGAAAGCCUGGCUCACAGUAAUUAGAGAGAGGCUGUUGGCCAACAGGGGCAGUGUGUGCCCAUGGACCGGGCUCCCACACUGAGCCUUUCAUGUCAGGGAGGGAGAGAGGGAGAGCCCUGCAGUCUGAAGUUAGCCAGCCUUCACUGUCACACACUGUAACCCUCCAUCUUCAGUGAAGCACGCAUCAAUGAAUGUCACCACUGUAUUAGAAAGGCGGGAUGGAGGGUCACCUCACCUCGUCUAGUUUUCCUAUGACCUGCUAGAAAGGCUGUUAAGAAUGCUGUUCCUAAUACUGUAUAUAUUCAUUAGAGAUGUGAGUUGAACCACAAACUGUUGCAGUCAGACCCUGCGUCUCUCCAGGAACAGGGAUUCCUUCCAUAGACUCCUUCACUUGGCUUAUUAGUUAUUUGUUCACUCCCUCUGGUUUACACUUGCAUGUUUGUGGAAGUAAAGCUCUAUAUAUCCGGAGUAACACAAAGUUCACCAAGUUCUUGUUACAUGAUUGAUCUGGACACAGAAAUGUAGCACUUACAUAAUACUAUGUUAAGCAGGAUGGGCCCUCUUGAGCUAACACUCAUCUUUGUGUCUGCCAAGCUAAAAGUGACUUAGUUUGGUCUAAUAUGUAGCCAGUUACCACAGUCUUUGGCACUAGCUUGUUACCCUGCCUGUUGACCUGUCCCUGAUCUUUGUUCUGUGUGUUGGACCCUGCAGGUGCUGUUCCUAUGUGGGCCGCAGGGGUGGCGGUCCCCAGGCCAUCUCCAUAGGAAAGAACUGUGACAAGUUUGGAAUAGUGGUGCAUGAGCUGGGCCACGUGAUUGGUUUCUGGCACGAGCACACUCGGCCCGACAGAGACGAACACGUCAGCAUCAUCAGGGACAACAUCCAGCCAGGUAAGACUGCUGUGUAUGGAACAGCCCACUCAUCUAACAUGGAGAGAUAUCAUAUGAGAUGAGCUAACAUAGUUUUCCCUUUCUAGGAGAUAGCCACUCACUUUUUCCAUUCAGUAUUUGAGCUAUGGGUGGGUUGCAGGUUUCAGUAUCUGUUUUCUUGCGUCCAUUCACAGGACAGGAGUAUAACUUCUUGAAGAUGGAGCCAGGGGAGGUGGACUCUCUGGGUGAAGUGUAUGACUUUGACAGCAUCAUGCACUAUGCCAGGAAUACAUUCUCAAGGUAGGAGCUGGGCCAAGUUCCACUUCAUACACAGCAGAACAUAACAGACAUCAUGGAAAUCAGUUGCAGUUUAGGUCAGAGAGCAGUUUCCCAGACUAUGUAACUUUUGCUCUCUUCAUGUCUCACUUCAGGUCUUUUCGAUGUUACUGCAGAAUCACUUCAUAGUUCUACUGUGUCAAUGCCAGGGGCUGACUUCAAGGCUUAGGAAAGGUGGUGCAAAUUGAAGCUUAGAAUUAUUUAAUACUAUUCAGUUAAUGACCUGCCGACAUUCAUAGCCUGGGGGACAAAAUAUACUGCUGACUUCCCACUGUUACUUAGCCUGUAUGAUGGUUGGUCUGAUGAAUUUGAAGUACAGGGAAGCAGGACAAAGACACAACUCAGUGAUGGACCUCAUGAAUGUGUCAGUGCCUUGGCUUAAAGGAAGAACAGCUGCAGAAUAUAAUACUUUUUGGGAGUGUCUUCUCUUUCUCUCUCUUCCGCAAGUUUAUUUUGGCUUGGAUCUUUAGACUCUCUCAACGGUCACGGCUUACAUUUGAGCGUGCAGUGGAAAUGCUCAGGGGGUGAACUGACGUGGUUUCUGUGAGAUUCAGAAAGGAUUAUAUUGCUUGUCCUUGUAAUGAGAUUUCUGAGGGUAAAAAAGUGUAAUCCACCAAAAUGCCUGGAGUAACAUGUCAUUAGAGUUGACACAUCUGGCCCAUUUAGCUUUUUUGGGCCCAGAAAGAGCAGGAUUACAGAGCUUUCUCUUUCAAUCCUGGUGUAUGUUUUAUACGUUUUCCUAGACAGCAGCAACUUUUUGAUCUUGUGUAGCCCACCUUACCCAGUCCAUCUGUAGUCUAGGAGUAGAAAGGCACCUACCAAAAUCAAUGCACACAAACUGCAGCAUGCUUUACCAACCCCAUGUAAUACAAUGCCUAUCUGUUUUGUAUAAUGGUGUUAGGCAUAUAUCAUAUUGAUUGCUUCCAGCCUUUCAGGUAGCUGCGUCGCUCAGUGGGGAUGCUAUCCAGUGGCAGCUAUGUAUUAAGGGGGGUAUUUGUUGGAUAAGGCUAUUUCCAUGUAAAAAGACCCAUGAGCACCAACAUGUAAAGUUCAUAGGAGCAUAUCAAAUUGGGUGUCAAAUGACAGCUAAAAGUCUACAUUUUUGAGAAAUUACAGCAUAUAUUCUUUUUUUAACCAUUUUCCAUCCUAAAAUGUUGAAUUAAGCGAAGGCUUUGAUUUCUGGUCAAACAGAUGGAAAGGGGGUCUUCAAAAACAUCUACCAGAAAAAGUCUUAAAUAUUAAUGUUGAAAUAAAGACCCCUACCAACUAAUAUCAACACUUAUAUUUAGUUUUGGAGAAAUGGUUCUGCCUUCUGUAAGUUUAAUGCCAGGCAUACACUACACGAUUUUGCCACGAACUCGCCAUGUUUUGGCCGUCCCAGAUGAAUUUUUAUGAUUUGGGUGAAAUCCUAUGAAGUUGGGCUAGGAUCAGUAGGUCGGUACUGGCAUAGUUUGAGCGGAUCAAGGACCCUGUCGGAUGUCCCGAGAAUUUUUUGAAACAAUGAUGGUGAAGAGGAAAGCAACAACAACACGCACCAUGUGGAUCGAUGUGAUGGAAGACAUUGGUGGAGCUGUGGAGAGAACGCGGCUGCCUUUUCAAUGGGCGAGUUCGUUUUACAUGGCCCGGUGCCCCGGAUAGUAGAGUUUGAUUAUUUUAGACCAUUCCAUAGGUCCUUAAGUUAAAUCCCCAACCACCGGGGCACCGGGCCAUGCAAAACGAAUUCCACCAAUAUAUACGUCUGCGUCCUACCAUGAGAGAAAUCAAAAAAAUUAUUUAAUAUUAUCAUAAUUGUUUUCCGUAUUAAGUCCAUAUUCUGCGCCUCUGUCUCGUUUUUGAAUGUUUCUGCAAAUGAUAAUGUACACACUAAUAAAGCAGCUCACUAUUUGCAUGUCAGAAUUUUUUCCCUACGACAACCGAGAAAUGCAGGGCAGAACCAACUAGGGAAUCAUCGUAAUGUGAGCACCCACGUCCUGAGGUUGAGGAUGGACGGAAUGAAAGAUUUGGGAAAUGAAAUCGCGAAAUAUGAGCACGUCCAAAUUGUUACGAUUUUAGAAGUCAUGUAGUGUAUGCCCAGCAUAAGAAAUAUUGCCUUUCUGUUACCAAAAUAUAUUUUCAAAUUUCUCUCCCUCAUUAGGAGGGAGGAUAAUGAAAGUUCACAGAAGUAACAAGUAAAGGUAGACCUAUCAAUUAGUUAUAGUAUUUUUACUGAUAUCAAUUUUGUUUAUGAAUUAUUAAGUGAUUUAAAACUCAAUUCCGUUAAUAAAUCGGUAACGGAAUUUCCAAAACAUACUGUAGAGUACAGUACACAGUAGAGCACACUAGAGUUGAGUACACUAUAAUGUACUGUAUUGUACUCUACUGUACUGAACUCUACUCUACUGAGGGCUACUGUGCUAUACUUUGAUGUCCAAACUUGUGAAACAUAGACGUCUAUGAUUGGUACAGAUUUGGUACGGUCUGGACCAACCAAAUGUGGUCUUGUUUGGGGGCAGAGCUCAUUAAAAUAAUAGCCAGUGUGUAGAAUAAUACCCAAACAAUAUUGCAUAUUUCUACCUUUGUGUACCUAUUUAGGAUUCAUCACCGGAAGAGAAUGACAUUCAUAUCCAUAAUGAUGCAUUUCUGUGUAGUACAGAUCAGGGACCCAAGAGUUACCGCAAUUCCGUUACCGGGUGUAAAUCCACUCUACUUACUGUAGUUCAAUAACCAAAAUAGAUUUUUUUCAAAGUGAAUGUGUCAUGUCAUAGCUGACACCCCAUUCUUUCUGCAGACGUCUUUGAAUCUUAAUUCGCAGCAGAUAUUUAAGAGUUUUUGGAAAACGUGGACACAUAAAAACCUGAGGGCGAUUUUACCAAAAUUCUGUUACUGAACUUUGCAUCUGUUCUUCCAGUAAAUGUGAUUUUUUUGUAAAAAUGUCAGUGUAAAUUGUUAAAAGUAGUCCUUGUGCAUAGAGUUGUAUGGUUUGUUAAACUUUGAAAUCAACGGUUUUUGUUUGGUGUACAUUUUAAGUGGGAAAAUCUGAGUCUCAGUGCAAUUCCGUUCCCGUGGAAUUGCCCAUAAGGUUUGAUUGUGUCUACCUUUUGAUGAGCCAGCUUUUACCCAUAGCCACAGGUUGUUCCAAUUAUCCCUCCCCUGGUUGGCUCCAGCUGUCUGAGUGUAGCAACAGCCCAGGAAACCUUCACAUCCAUCCCUAGGUUUAGGUAGAGCUGCUAGCGCCAGUGGCCUUGCUGCAUCACAUCAGGCUACAUGGCACUUUCAUACCUCUGAAGCUCCUUGUAAAAGUUAUCCUCUCAUAGUGUGAACUGCCUCAUUAUGCCACAUACGACCCCUUUGAAGUGGCUUUGAUCAUCGUUAGCAACAUGAUCCCACAUACCAGGCUUCUGUAGGAGGCUAUAGGGUUUUAUUCCUGAGGUGUCUGCUAGCUAGCUUCAUGGCUCCCUGGUGUUAAAAAUAAAAGUCAGGUCUACUCCAAUUGCUAGCGUGAUUUAAGUCAACCACUAAUGAUCACAAACAUGUUUAGGUAUGUGGAAAUGGAGACCAUUCAAUGUAAUUUCCCCGACAUUGACUUGACAUUGACUUGACGCUCAAAUCUCUGAGAGUCACCUGUUUCCAGGUGUGUUCUGACCGCAGGCUAUAGAUUUUUCAACAAAUAGUUAAUAUGAUUGAUCUAUUGUGGCUUUUGUGAUCAAGGAAUCAUAGAUGGUUUGUGCAGUCUUUAAAAAGGACAUAAGGGGUGUAAUAGAUCCCCCAGCUUAUUAUUUUUUUAUGGCCACGUAGAUGGAAUCUAUUAAGAUUGUCUUAUUGUCUCACUUUGCCCUGUGUUUAGAUUUUUUUGUAAUAAUAUACAGUAGGAAAACAGCUGUCCACUCCAACCUAACUCUUUUAGUGCUGUUGCAGUACAUGCUGCUGCUAUUUGAAAUUCAUAUGACAAAAGAUUGCUUCUUGGCCUUAAAGUAUGCUUAAAAAGGAGAGCAGUGAAUGUGUCAUGGUCUUUAUGAUACUCCACUGUGCCAGUGUGUCCCUCUGUGCCAGCUGACCUCUUUAUUUCUCCCAGACUCCCUGUUUGACACAUCUGGAAAUCUCUCCAGAUGCUGUCCUGUCAGUCACAGACAGAGACAGUGGUGUCAUCGUGGCUGUUUGAGGUUUGGACCAGCCCAGCUUCUAUGACUACUGCAUGCUUAUUUGGGUUUUACCCAUUCCCUUGCUUUUUUAGGCUGCAGUUUGGCACUGUUUCCUUCUGUUUCCGUUGGAUCAAAGCAAAGCUAAAAAGGUCCACUUGGGACUGAGUUGGAGAUUGAGCUGUACAUUUGGUGUCAUUGUAAUUACAUAAGUCAUACAAGCCCAGCAUAAAGGUUGCAUGACAUCCUUGUCAGGCAGUGUGCAGUCUAUAGUGGAUUGCAUGACAAUGGGGGGAUAUCCUGGCACUGAGUUUAACAUACCGGUAACAUGAGGUUCCCUCCCGCAGCCAUGUGUGUGAUGAAUUUUUGGUACCCGCUGUGCAAUUUGACCCAGACUUUCUUCUAAAGAUCUUUUACAUAAACAAAAUGUGAAACUGUCUAGCGCUACAGACAUCGACACCAGCGAUUGUUGUUCCAAUUCAAUGCCCCUUUCCCAAUUGCAGAACAGGGUUUGAAAGGCCCCAGCUCCCCAGUGUGAAUGUAACGUGAGCCUGGGCACACGCAAGGCGAGUGAGAGCUGGAGGAGAGGGUGGCCAGACCAGACCAGACCGUAAUCAUUACUACACAGUUCUCUGAUAUGAGAACCAGCUGUUAGCUCUCCUUUUGUUCUAAUUUUUCUGCCCUCUUUUUCACAGAGGCUGGCCCUUUCCUCAAUGCCUCCUAUUGCAGCCUCACUGUCUGGACCUCGUCUCAAAUAAACUGCCAUGCGCUCGUGGCAACUGGAUUCUGGGAAGCCGGGAGAGAUUCUUUCUCUACAAGGAGGCUGAGAUUGGAUACAAACACUCUUUCAGGCCACUGCACAGAAUGGGCUGUCUAGCCCUUUAUUUCUUUAACUGUACAGGCAAUGUGCUUGCCAGGGGGUGACAAUGAAGUAGGUUUGUGAUUGUUGUUGCUUUCUGCUCUGUUGUCAUCCAACCUCUCUAAGCAUGUCCUAUUUUCCCUGAGUAUAGCCAGCUUUAUUUAAUUAUUUCACUGUUUAGAGAUGAAAAAGUAAUGGAUUGUAUUGAGAGCGUGGUCAGUGUGUUUUCAGAGCACCUUAUUAGGAGACAAGGGGCUCCUGUUAGCUUUCCUCAAGUCAUUGUGAGGUUUGUGAUCCAGUUUACAGUUUACACUUCACCUGCAUGCUGAUCAGUGGAGGCUGCUGAGGGGAGGACUACUCAUGAUAAUGGCUGGAACAGAGCAAAUGGAUUGGCAUCAAGCACAUGGAAACAAUGUGUUUGAUGUAUUUGAUACCAUUCCACUGCAGCCAUUACCACGAGCCCGUCCUCCCCAAUUAAGGUGUUACCAACCUCCUGUGAUGCUGAUUGGCUGAUGUACCUGUUCCAAUGUCUUCCUUUGUUUCCCCAUUAUUAGCCUGUGUGUUUGCACAGCGUUUUUACUGUAAAUCACCGUGGGAAGCCAGGGCCUUUGCCGAGAUUGUUGUUGACAAGAUUUCAUGGGCAUGCCAUCAUGUUUUGAAGUGUCUCUUGGGGACAAGUAAGGCAGCUCCCCAUGCUUUUUGUCUGGGGCAUGUUACCCGACCCUGGGCUUUACCCGCCCCUCUGCGCUGGGGACAUUUUUUCAGGCCUGGUGCAUAAAGCAGAGCCAACUCAAAUAAAGACCUGCCAGUGUGCCCUUUGUCUGCUCUGACACCGGCUGGAGUGGCGUUGUUCACCGGCAGCCAGCAUACGGGCUCCUGCAGGCAGACAGGCAGACAGACAGUGCUUAAACUGUUAGCUCAGGCUGCUCUGUUUGCACAUGCCUGGUGUUGAUGGGUACGUCACCAUGGGAACGGCCAGGAAGCAGGCUUUGCUCACCAUUGCAGAGAGAGAAAAGGAGGUGAUAAACUAGCAAAUUGUCAAGUGAGAAAGUGGUGUGAAAAGUUCUGGUUUUUCGGCAUCAACUGUUCUGGACUCCUUUUCAAGCCAAAGGCAAGCCACCAUGGUCUGAUUUUUGUACUUCUUUGUAAUUGUUCUUGUUCUUUUGGAAUUCUUAUGCUAAAUGUUGUUGUUGUUGUUGUUGUUGUCCAUACAACAAACCAAUCAAGUUUUAGAUUUUCCCAUAGAGUUGUCAGAGGAGGGCUUUUGGUUUGAAGUGUUGGAAUUGGAUAGUGUUUUUCUUCCAUCUGCACAGCACACAUGAUGAGGUCAGUGGGAGGUCAGUUUUGACCCCCAGUCCCAUUUGAACUACCUCCGCUCUCUGAGGAGGACAUUCCUACAGCCUUGGAGGGGACCACUGACCAGUAAUAGUCCAUUGGUUGGUUUUUAUAUAAUAAUAUAUGAAGUUAGGUCAUUGUUUUUGACAGUGCUUAAACUGUUAGCUCAGGCUGCUCUGUUUGCACAUGCCUGGCGUUGAUGGGUACGUCACCAUGGGAACAGCCAGGAAGCAGGCUUUGCUCACCAUUGCAGAGAGAGAAAAGAAGAUGAUAAACUAGCAAAUUGUCAAGUGAGAAAGUGGUGUGAAAGUUCUGGUUUUUCAGCAUCAACUGUUCUGGACUCCUGAUGGGUGUGGCUCCACUCUUUGCUGAGUUCACUGAUGAGAACCACUGAGUGGGCACCGCCUGGCCUCAGAGUCAUACAAAAUAUACUUUACGUAUUUCUGAGCACCUCCAAGACGUAUGAUACUUACUAAUGGUCUAGUUACUUGAGACAGAAACUAAAGUAGGGAGGUUGGUCGGGGAGGACAGGUAGGCGUUAUCUGCGAUCGUAAAGCAAUCCAAAGCUUGCAUGUUCGAGUCGCGUCGGGGACCACUGUAUUUUAGCUAACCCUUCCCCUAACCCAUAUUCUAAACAUAACCCAAUUCACCUAACCUGCUAUGUAAAUUUACCUAACCUUUGUCGUUUUAGUUCUCCAAACCUUUGUUGUUAGUUCCCCUAACCGCCAAUGUAAAUCCUCCCUUAAUUCUCCUUUGUUGUUAUGCCGCAACAAGCAACCUGGUCUCAGAUAAAGAUGUGCAAUAUCAUACGUCACCCAAGAUGUAUGAUAAGGCACAUCAUCCAAUUUGUAUGCUAUUGUACCACCGAGUAAGACGUAUGAUACUAUACGUUCUCUAGUUCAUAUGUUAUUGUACAACCGCUAUUCCAUUCAUAAUGUAACCUAACAUAUCAUAUCAUACUAGAAGGAGUGUCACAGAUUUACGUACAGAAUAAUACAAAUUGCCCUGAGACCACAUUGGUGGGCAGCACGGCUUGGCAUCACACUCGGUCCACUCUCUUAACUGGCAUAAUGUUCCAGUGCGUGUUUUGUGGUGUUCCGACACAAAAAAUAAGUGUUUUACAUGGGGCCCCUUGUCUGCUCCCCAUACAGUAUAUCACUCCUUGGCACAGGCCUUACUGGCUCCAGGCUGCCAGACUCACACAGGUAAAGCUAUGGCCUGACGCUUCCAUAAGUGUCAGCAUCCUCAGUAGACCCUGAAUAAUGCCUACUGUCAGUGUUAGUGUCAGCAGUUCAGCUGCUGGCUGAUGGAUGUUUAGGCUUCACCACUUCCCUCCGGGUGUCUUUUCUGAGAAAGUGUGUAUCAGUGUAUAUGUGCGAGUGCCUUCUCGGUUUUGCUGUGUUUUGAUCUAACAGCGGUCUCUUCUCCUGAAAUGCAGAGGAAUCUUCUUGGACACCAUCCUGCCACGCUAUGAUGUCAAUGGAGUGAGACCGCCGAUUGGACAGAGGACAAGGCUAAGCAAAGGGGAUAUCACACAGGCACGCAAACUCUACAAGUGUUCCAGUAAGAACAGCACAAUUAUUGCAAACAAUAUUCAAACACAUUUUUGUGUAUAGUUGGUUCAUACCAUAUGGUAGAUUUUAAACAAUAGGCCUAUGAAGUUGACAUAAUAAUGCACAACGGACAUGAUAUAGUGCUUGUUGUUGCUUUUGCUUACCCCUGAGAGUGAGAAAUGUUACUCUACUUUUUCGUGUGUCUCAAUAUCACUGAGAGUGAAUACUCAAAAACGUUUUCCUAGAUGUAGUUUACGUGUGGAAAUAGUUGAGCAUCUACCAUUGAUGUGGCAUGGUUCCCUGGCUACAGUUGCUGUGACUCCCCGGCUAGGGGAAGGAGUGUAAACAGUGCCCUAGGACAGGAAGUGUCAUCACUCUUUCCCAGAUAGACUCAAAAGAACAGCUGGUCUCAAGAGGACAAUGACUAGAAUGAUGGCUGGGAAUCAACAUACUCUAUUCUUAGGGUCCAGAGAUCAAGACAUGUUUUAUGUCAACUGAACACAUAAGUGUUCUAAAGGAAAACAUACUGCCCUGACACUUUACCAAUAGUUAUGUUGGUCUUUAGAAAGACUUAGAGAUUUAAUAAGGUUUUUAAGGCUGAAGGGACAACGACUAAAGGCGUAAGGUCGAUUUAUAGCAUAAACCGACAAGUUUGAAAUAGUCAUUCAUAAAAUAAAAGUGAUGUCAGAGCGUUAAUUGUGGGUCAGACAGGGAAAAUUGGGUUUGUCAGAACCACAUUAAAGCUCAGUGAAUAAACAGUAUACUACUGGCCAGAACUGGACCGCUGAAUGUGGUUUUAGUGGGAGGAAUCAUCCAUCUUCACCAUAAAUGGUUCAGAGAGGUGGGGCUGGUUGAGUGGGUGUGUUAUGUGUCCUCCACAGUGAUAAACUCCCUCUCAGUGGAACAGGGGAUAGUGGAUGAUGUGGCGCACAGCGCAGCACAGGGGAUGCAGCUAAGAAGGAGUCUCUCUCUCAGUUUUUAUGGAAAAAAACGAUCCAGUGAGCGCAGCUCAGCGGAUCCUUAUUCACACUGCAUUCCUGGGAGCAUUUGUCAUCCCCUCCGAGUGCUUGUUAAUGGUUUAGCAUCAGCAGACCUCUGCCAAGCAUUAUUAGACAAAGCUCUCACCUCCAUGCUUUAUGGCCUGGAAGGAGGGAGCCUAUGAACGUAACCAGUUGGUGGAGAUGUUUUUCUUACUCCCACCUAAGCCAUGCAUGCUGGUUGAAAUUAUCCCCUGUAGCACAGUUGGUUUAGCCAGUUGGCCAGGGGGAGGGUUGUAUUUGGUCUCCUAGAGGAUUGGGUUAUUUACAGUAGGCCAGGUUUAUUUUGAGACGAUGCACAGAGAAUGUGUCUCAUACUGUCUUCUAUCGCUUCUCAUCAACUGGAAGAGGUUGAUAAUCAUCACCAUCAGCAGAUGAAUAUGAAAGAGUUGCCCUCUUAAGAGUCAGGAUUAUAGUUGUGGCAUCAAGCUUCUGUCUCCUACAGUCUCCCUUUAGUGGGACUUGGCUACUUCAUUGCGGUUUCUCAAUGCUACUGCUGGAAUCAGUGUUUUAGUCCUUAUCAGACAGAAACGAAUUGCUAGAUCCUUCACUGGUUGACGUGGUCCUCAUGUUAAUGUCUCUCUCUCUCUCUUUGUGGAUAGGAUGUGGAGACAGUCUGCAGGAAAGCAGUGGGAACUUCUCCUCUCCUGGCUUCCCCAAUGGAUACUCAGCCUACAUGCACUGCAUCUGGAGAAUAUCGGUCACGCCAGGGGAAAAGGUGGGAGAGCAUGGAAAACUGACUGAGAUAGAAACUUGGAGCAGUCUUAGGAGAAGUGCUUUGUUUAUCGUGACUUAGUGAUAACUCUGUUCCCUUUGUCGGUCACUCGGUAUAACAUAAUGUGGGGGAGUCAACGACCAAUCAUAUUCACCUGAAAACUGAAAUCAUGCCCAAAGGGCCAAUAGAUGCCAAGCCCGCCCUUGGAAGCCCCGCCUUCCUGGCUAUAAUACCGGGGUUCGCAUUCAAUUGCUCAAUUCUUCGCUCUUCAUCUAGCCUGAAGGAAGAUUACGAGAUUCAGCUCCAGCUUAAGUGUCUGUUAGUGGGGAGAGAGUACUCGUCACCCUAGAUGUUGCGAGUUUUGGGUCUUGGUUAUCGGUUUUUGUGUUUGCUAAAAGCUCUUGAGUGGCUCCCGAGUGGUGCAGCGGUCUAAGGCACUGCAUCUAAGUGCUUGAGGCGUCACUACAGACCCCCUGGUUCGAUUCCAGGCUGUAUCACAACCGGCUGUGAUUGGGAGUCCCAUAGGGCGGCGCACAAUUGGCCCAGCGUUGGCCGGGUUUGGCCGGUGUAGGCCGUCAUUGUAAAUAAGAAUGAGUGCUGUCCUGUUGCCUGGGGUGGAAACACGCUUUGGCUCGGACCAGUUCGUGUGACCAUUGUCUCCGGCUGGGUUCAACCUCCAUUGGGCGUUGGGCUGACUUUGUGAGAAAGAUUGGGGCUGCUGGCGAAGGGUCUUCUGGUGAAGUGACCUCGGGAAUGGGGUUGUCUGAGGCCGAGAAAGAGCAGCAGCGGUGGUCGGAGUUGUCAUCCCAGACGAGUGAGGCUCAUUCCUGUUUCUCUGGCAGUGAUCAGAGUCCAGACUCCGGGGAUGAUAUACUAUCCCUGGUUGGCUCUGGAGGGUUUUCAGAGUGUGAAUCGGAUGACAUCAGUCCGUGCAGCCUAAAGCCCCGGCUUUGGAUUCGGCGUGGGAGAGUGAACCAUUGGUGGUAAAUGUGCCUUUGAUGGAUCCGUGUCGUAGGGUGGCAGAUCACCUGGGGGUGGAUUGGCCGUCUUCUCCCCCGGUCAACAGUAAGUGCUUAAAUUGUGAAGUGGAAACGUCUAGGAGCAACAAUGACUCAACCGCAAAGUGGUAGGCCAUACAAGCUCACAGAACAGGACCGCCGAGUAGUGAAGCGCAUAGCGCGUAAAAAUCGCCUGUUCUCAGUUGCAACACUCACUAUCGAGUUACAAACUGCCUCUGGAUGCAACGUCAGCACAAUAACUGUUCAUCUGGCGCUUCAUGAAAUGGGUUUCCAUGACCGAGCAGUUGCACAAAAGCCUAAGAUCACAAUUUGCAAUGCCAAGCGUCGGCUGGAGUGGUGUAAAGCUCGCCACCAUUGGACUCUGGAGCAGUGGAAACGCGUUCUCUGGCAGUCCGACCGAUGAACCUGGGUUUGGUGGAUGCCACGAGAACGCUACUUGCCCCAAUGCAUAGUGCCAACUGUAAAGUUUGGUGGAGGAGGAAUAAUGGUCUGGGUCUGUUUUUCAUGGUUCAGGCUAGGCCCCUUAGUUCCAGUGAAGGGAAAUCGUAACGCUACAGCAUACAAUGACAUUCUAGACGAUUCUGUGCUUCCAACUUUGUGGCAACAAUUAGAGGAAGGCCCUUUCCUGUUUCAGCAUGACAAUGUCCCCAUGCACAAAGCAAAGUCCAUACAGAAAUGGUUUGUCGAGAUCGGUGUGGAAGAACUUGACUGGCCUGCACAGAGCCCUGACCUGAACCUCAUCGAACAGCUUUGGGAUGAAUUAGAACGCUGACUGCGAGCCAGGCCUAACCACUUAACAUCAGUGCCCGACCUCACUAAUGCUCUUGUGGCUGAAUGGAAGCAAGUCCCUGCAACAAUGUCCUAACAUCUAGUGGAAAGCCUUCCCAGAAGGGUGGAGGCUGGUAUAGCAGCAAAGGGGGGACCAACUCCAUAUUAAUGCCCAUGAUUUUGUAAUGAGACCGCGGAGGCGGGGAAGCUGGGUUCAGAGCUUUUCGACGAAAUCCGUGCUACGGCUGAUUUUGUGCUGCAUCUGUACUAUCCUGGCUGUGGGUAAAAUAUGGGGGCGCCGGUGAUGUAUUUGGAUGAGCCAGUUUCGCCAACAAUGUUGGUUGGCUCGGCUAUGGAGUCCUUACAGGCCCGUUUUGAGGAGAAACAAAAACAGGACAAAAAUCCUUUGCGGUAGUUCCCGAGGCUUGAAGGAAAGGGUUCAGGCCAGAGGUGGGUUGCCCUGGGCAAGGGGGCGGCAUCGAACCCGGUGUGGGCCGGGUAUCAGAACCGCAGUACCAUGAAAGCACAUUGUUUCUACCCAAGGUUCCUCUGUGUUCAGGGGUAUCGAAAGUGCGGUAUCGUCCAGGUGUGGGCAUAAUAAACACAGUUCCUUCCCCCACAUUCAGACACACAGUUGUCAAGAGUGUUGGAUAUGAAAACAAGCAUGACAGAAAAACCAAAUUAUCCCAGUCCUCAAGCUGGCACUCUGCCCCUUCAGGAGAUAAUGUAUGGGAGACUGGCAGCGUGCUCCGUCCAGUGGCAGACGUGCAGUUUCACCAUGGGUAAUGAGGACGGUGACAAGGGGGUACGGUCUGCAGUUCGCUGUGCAUCCUCCUCCUUUUCAUUGCAUCAUUACGUCAAUAGUCCCCGGUGUCCUAACGCCUGUCUUGAGAGAAGAAAUGUCCUCUUUCCUUCAAAAGCAGGCUAUUCGGGUGGUCCCCGUGUCAGAAGUACAGAGCGGUUGGUAUAGCCGGUACUUGUUAGUUCCCAAGAGCGAUGGAACGUUGCGUUCCAUUCUGGACUUGCGUGUUUUAAAAAAGCACCUCAAGGUUUGAAAGUUCAAAAUACUCACACUUUGCCAGCUAUUCCGGUCGGUGCGUCCCAGCGAUUGGUUCACGUCCAUAGAUCUGAAGGAUGCAUUUUUUUUAAAUGUGGAUUCCUCCUCCCCAUAGAACGUUUCUGAGGUUUCAUUUCGAGGGUGUGGCCUACGAGUUUAUGGUCCUGCCUUUUGGGCUCUCACUUUCGCCCGGCUCCUUUUCUAUGGUGGUGGAGGCGGUUUUGGCACUGGUGCUGUGCCAGUAUUGGCUUAUAUGGAUGAUUGGCUGAUCGUAGCACAGUCGAGUGAACAGGUGGAGCUCCACACUGCCGUGCUGAUUUCCCAUAUUCAGUCUGCGGUUCAUAGUGAAUCAUAAAAAAACUUGCAUCAGCGCAUUCAGUUACUGGGUCUCGUUCUGGACUCUGUUCUGAAUAUGCUCUGUCUGGCACGGUUUCAGCUGGGGCACUUGGUGCCUUUUCGCUUGUGCCUGUGGUUAUUGGGUUUGAUAGCCUUUAUGAUAGCUGUGGUGCCUCUGCGACUUCUGUUGAUGUGUCUGUUUCAGCACUGGGUGAUUGUUACGUGUCUGGAUGCAUCUCACCACUGCCAUCGGUUGCUCAAGGUAUCCCAGUCGUGCCUAAGGGCGUUGACUCCUUGGAGGGACCCGCAACUGCUGUUGUAGGGGGUUCUCAUGGGUCGGGUAGUGUCCCGCAGUGUGAUCACUUACUGGGAUGGGGAGCGCUGUGUGUGGGAUACCCGGAAAGAGGGAUUUGAUCAACAGCGCAAAGAGAGCUGCAUAUCAAUUAGAUAGAGCUACUGACUGUUUUGCUAGCGCUGAGGCUUUUCCUUCCUAUGUUGGAAGGCCAGCAUGUGUUGGUAAGGUCCGACAACUGGCAGGGAGGGACGCAGUCUCUCUAUCUCCUAUACCUGACCCGUUAUCUGCUCGUAUGGAGCAGCGCGCAUUUCCUGUCACUCAGGACGACGUAUCUUCAUGGAUCUCUCAACGUGGGUGCGGAUCUACUUUCUAGGGGGGGUCCUAUCUCUACAGAGUGGAGACUGCACCCCUCGGUGGUUGUCCAGAUAUGUGACCGGUUCGGCAGAGCCGACGUAGAUCUUUACACAUCACGAGAAAACGUGCAUUGUUGUCUGUUCUUCUCAAUGAGGGAUCUGGGCGCUCGGUUGGGAACGGAUGCUUUGGCAUAUCAGUGGCCUCGGACCCUGCUCUAUGCAUUUCCUCCGGUGGACCUGAUUCAGGCCACUGUGGAGAAGGGUCCGUCAGGAGGGUCUGUUGUUGAUUCUGGUGGAUCCCCAUUGGCCCAGACAACCCUGGUUCCCGGAGAUCAUCUGCCGGUUGGGCGGGGACCCGUGGAGGGUUCCGUGUCAUCUGACAGAGUUUGGCACCAACAUCCACAGAUAUGGGAUCUGUGGGUUUGGCCCAUGAAAAGUUGAAUUUGACAGAUACAGGUUUAACCUUGAAUGUGAUUACAACUAUACAGUCGGCGCAUGCACCCUCUACGAGAGGGUUGUAUACAUAUAAGUGGCCCGCGCUUGAGGGUUGGUGUCAGAUUAAAAGAGUUUCUCCUUUUCAGAGCUCUUUGGUGGACAUUUUGAUGUUCUUGCAAGAGCUUUUUGAGCAGGGCCUUUCUUUUUCCACAUUGAAGGUUUAUAUGGCUGCCAUCUCGGCUUGUCAUGUAGGGAUUGACGGCUCUACCUCAGGGUCUCAUCCUCUAUUGGUGCGGUUCCUGAAAGGCAUGCGGUGGCUCAGACCAGUGUCUAAGCCUAUGGCACCAACCUGGGACCUGGUGUUGGUCCUGGACGCGCUGUGUGAGCCUCCCUUUGAACCAUUGGAGUCUGUGGACCUGAAGGUAAUUUCCUACAAGACUGCCCUGUUCAUGGCCUUGGUGUCGGCCAAGUGGGUUGGGGAUCUCCACGGGCUAUCAGUACACCCUUCCUGUUUAGAGUUUGCGCCUGACGUCUCUAAAGUGAUGUUAUGUCCUAAUGCAGCGUUUGCUCCCAAGGUCAUGCCUAUGUCUUACAGGUCCCUGGCUUUCGAGCUGUUCCCUUUUUUAACCUCCUCCGUUUGUUUGUUGCAUGGCCUGUGUCCGGUGCGCACUUUACGCACUUAUAUGGAUGGAUAGGACCAAGGAUAUCCAUGUUUGUGGCCAGCUUUUUGUCUGCUUCGCUAAUCCAGCUCUGGGUAGGGCGCUUUUUAAGCAGCGUCUUUCUCAUUGGAUAGUGGAGGCUAUCUCCCUGGCAUAUGACAGCAAAGGACAAGGGUUGCCUAGCAGUGUGCAUGCUCACUCCACUAGGGGUGAGGCGGCUUCUUGGGCAUUGUUCAGGGGCAUGACGAUUUGGUGACAUCUGAGUUGGGAUUCCCCACAUACCUUUGAGGUUUUAUCGCAUGGAUGUAACUGCUCUCAGUGUGGCUCAUAGUGUUCUUAUGGCUGGGUCUGGGAGUGGGUGUUAGGCAGUGCGCAGGUUGCACAUUUAUCUGGGUUACCACAGUUCCCUUUGGAUUUGAGCCUUGGGUAGCCGUGGCAGUGUGCGAGUGCACAGUUUCCAGGUUACUGCAGGUUUCCUGUGGGUUUGAGCCUCAGGCUUCCGUGGUUCAUCAACUCUGGUCAAUGCUAUGCAGCGCGCAUGUGCGCUUCACCAAGUCACGACAGGUUUUCUGUUGUUUUGGACUUGCGGUUCCUUGUACAAGUUUUGACAUUUCAGGCUUGCAAGGUAAGUAUUGUUCUUGGAACCAUGGGGUCUAUGGACUUGGGCUGCAGUGGCAGUGUGUCAGUGCGCAUGGCCAUGUUGCAGUAGGUUCUGGUUCCCUAUAUGGGGCUCUGACAGUUCAGGCUUCUCGGAUAAGUAUUAGGGAAAAAGGUGGCCCCAUUUUGGAGCCAUGGGCCUCCUAGUUUGGUACCCUCUGAGCCGGCUUGGGGCGUGAUUGUAUGUCCGCAUAGAAUGUUAUACAGAGUGACCGACUGAAAGGGAAGGUACAAUUAUGAAUAUUACUACUGUUCCCUGAAGGAGGGGACUAGGAAUAACCUAUUUUGGCCCCAUGCCGUCAGAGCGGGACUGAAUUGAGGAAAUGAAUGCGAGCCCGGUAUUUUAGCCAGGAAGGCGGGGCUUCCGAGGGCGGGCUCGGCAUCCAUUGGCCCAUUGGCAUCCAUUGGCCCGUUGGCAUCCAUUGGCCCGUUGGGCGUGAUUUCAGUUUUCUUCAGGUGAAUAUGAUUGGUCGUUGACGCCUCACAUUAAGUUAUACCUCGUUCCUUCCUUCAGGGAACAGUAGUUAUUUUCAUAACUACGUUUUCCUUAGGAUAAUGUAAUCUUAGAAAAUCUCCCUUUAAAGUCAGCACUGGAUUUUUGUUCUCUUCUCAUGUUGAAACUGUUUGGACUGUAUCUGGUCAGUAAUCAUCAUGCUCUCUUGGUUUUUAAGAUCAUUCUGAACUUCACCUCCAUGGAUCUGUACAGGAGUCACCUGUGUUGGUAUGACCAUGUAGAGAUCAGAGAUGGAUACUCCAGGAAAGCCCCUCUGAAAGGUUAGGAUUUAAGAAAGUUGUAGUCCCAUACAUGCACUAUACACUAUGGUAAAGUGAUGCUGAAAAUACACUUAAAUGUAACACAAGGGUGUCUGGAGAAAAAGGUAGUUGUGUGAUAAGGUGGUCUGGUAUGUGUGUUCCAGGUCGUUUCUGUGGGGAUAAGCUGCCUGAACCAAUCAUUUCCACCGACAGCCGUUUGUGGAUCGAGUUCCGCAGCAGCAGUAACUGGGUGGGGAAGGGCUUCUCCGCUGUGUAUGAAGGUAAGGCCAGAGCCGGAGCCAGCAGCCCCAUAACAACACAGCUCAGCUGACUGACUGGCCACAUGGGUCACAGAUUGAACAACAUGCCUGAAAGCAGCUCAGUGAUUCUGUCAAAUCCCCAAGUCUGGCUGCCUCCAUGCUGGUGUUUCCAGCACGUUAUGCUGCAUUGAUCAGAUUUUGGUCAGAGUUGAAAUUCAGCUCAACAUUGUAUCCAGACUGUAGAGCGUGGUGUAUUGAAUAUAGGAACCAUUUAAUUUAAUCCACAUUAUGAAAUCCAUAAAACAAAACCCCUUGAGAGAAAUGUGCCAAUGAUGAUAGAUAGCUAUGACCACUGCAUGUUCUCUGCCAUUUAGCCAUCUGUGGAGGGGAAGUGAAGAAGGAUAACGGACAGAUCCAGUCUCCUAACUACCCAGACGACUAUCGGCCCAACAAGGUGUGCAUAUGGAAGAUCAGUGUGUCUCAGGGCUACCACGUCGGCCUGACCUUCCAGUCCUUUGAGGUAAGAGAUACGGGCCUCUACUUGUUCUUUUCACCCCAUUUAUCCAGUAGCAAGCUUUUACAUACCGCUACAUCAAUAUCCUCUGCAACCUCUGUGUAUGAGGAAUGAAAAUGACUUAGAAGUUCUAACUUUGUCCCUUUUACCCAUCCCUUCCUUAGAUUGAGAGGCAUGACAGCUGUGCCUAUGACUACCUGGAGGUGAGGGAUGGGAACUCCGAGAACAGCCCACUGGUGGGACGCUUCUGUGGUUACGACAAGCCAGAUGACAUCAAGACCAGUUCCAACCAGCUGUGGAUGAAGUUUGUGUCUGAUGGCUCUGUCAACAAGGCUGGCUUCGCUGCCAACUUUUUCAAAGGUCAGAUGUCAAGAGUUUUGUACUGUAGAAAAUAACACCCAGAGAGUCAUUGCUGAUGGCAUAUGCCCUCGUUGUAGAAAUUACCAGCCUAAGUUUCAUAGUAAUGAAUCUCUCAGCAUCAUAUCUCCCGAGUGGCGCAGUGGUCUAAGGCACUGCAUCGCAGUGCUAGCUGUGCCACUAGAGAUCCUGGUUCGAAUCCAGGCUCUGUCGUAGCCGGCAGCGACCGGGAGACCCAUGGGGCGGCGCACAAUUGGCCCAGCGUCGUCCAGGGUAGGGGAGGGAAUGGCCGGCAGGGGAUGUAGCUCAGUUGGUAGAGCAUGGCGUUUGCAACGCCAGGGUUGUGGGUUCGAUAAAUUAAUGUAUGUGCUAACUGUAAGUCGCUCUGGAUAAGAGUGUCUGCUAAAUGACUAAAAUGUAAUGUAAAAAUGAUGUCAUAAUAAGGUGACAUUUUGAGAAUAAUUCCAUUAUGAUUGGUUGUGUUAAAUUAUGUAUAAUUCAGGACAGACAAUUUCAUCAUUCAUCAUUUGUGACCUUAAAUGUUUAUCUUUGGUUUGGUUUUGGAGGGGUGCACUUGUAGGCUGUUGAGUUGCGAGGCCAUGUAAAGGGCGCCAACAUGUUGUUGUUGUGAUGGUUGUAGAGAUGGACGAGUGCUCCAAGCCAGACAAUGGUCGCUGUGAGCAACGCUGUGUCAACACACUGGGCAGCUACAAGUGUGCCUGUGACCCGGGCUACGAGCUGGCUGCUGACAAGCGCAGCUGUGAGGGUGAGUACAGCAGAAUACUGACCAGAGCCUGCUCAAUAAUGCCUCCUCAGCUGCAGUUCACACAAUAAUGCAGUUUAGUGCUGUUCUUUUGUCACUGCCACCCAAAUACACCAGUUGCCCCACAUACAGUAGCUAGAAAAAAUACUUCCAGAGAUUUGUGUACUUAACAAUUCAUGUCAUUUGGAUUUUUGCCACCCAAUGGGUUGUAUUUGAUGCACCCAACCUACCAAAAUUCAACCCCAACUUCACAGGUAAUCAGAGCCCAAAGCAAGUGUUGAAAGCAUCCUGACUAAUUAGACCAUCACCUGUAAAUUAGAAUCAGACAGAAGUGCUGCUGAUGCAGUGGUUUAUUGUUUUACCUUUUUGUUGCUCUUUUUCCAAACCUGACCACUGUCUGCCUCUAGAGGAGGAGGCCUGCUAUGACAUGUUCCUCAAACGUUGAAUAAUUAUCCAGUUUAACCCUUUUGGGUGACAUACAUUUCUGCAUGUUUAAGCUUUUGGUAAAAAUAUAGCAGGUUGUCUGUUAGAAAAUUAUCCUCAAUGGUUAAAUAAUACCCAGUUUAACCUUUUUGGAUGACAUACAUUGUAUUUUUAAGCUUUUUGGGGAUAAAAUCCCACCACUACAAAUUGUCAUUGAUACACCUUUUUAUAUACACAAUUGUAUCAUUAUAACCAUAUGAAGUUUAGGCACAUCUUAACCAUUGUCCUGGUCUUCUCUCCUAUGGACAUAUGUCUGUCUGACUGUGUGUCUGUGUGUGUAGCUGCAUGUGGAGGUUUCAUCACCAAGCUGAAUGGCUCCAUCACCAGUCCAGGCUGGCCCAGAGAGUACCCCCCCAACAAGAACUGUAUCUGGCAGCUGGUGGCGCCCACACAGUACCGCAUCACCCUGCUCUUUGACGUCUUUGAGACAGAGGGCAAUGACGUGAGCACCGGGGUUAUUAUGACUGGGCACACUUUGGGUUUGUUCAUACUCCAUGGGCCUUAGUGGUGUCAUCAUGAAUCUGUCCUCCUGUCUGUCAUAGAGUACAGAAUGUUGUCCUUAUAUUGUACUUUGUAAUAGUAUAUAUUCCUGUGCAUCGUAUUUGUGUACAAAUUGUAAUUGCAUUCCCAAAUGUUUCAUGUUGUAACGACCUGAUGCUCCUUUGUUCAGGUGUGUAAAUAUGACUAUGUGGAGGUGCGCAGUGGGCUCUCAGCAGACUCAAGGCUACAUGGGAAAUUCUGUGGAGCAGAGAAACCUGAGGCCAUCACCUCUCAGUACAACAACAUGCGUAUUGAGUUUAAGUCAGACAACACAGUCUCCAAGAAGGGAUUCAAAGCUCAGUUCUUCUCAGGUGAGCCUUUGACACUGUGUGUGUGUGUGUGUGUGUGUGUGUGUGUGUGUGUCUUUCCCUCCAAGAGUCUGUUUCUGUGUGUAUGAGUGGUUAAUCAAUUUGACCCCACAUGUGUGUUUGAGUGCUGAUGGCAGGGUGGUUGUGUGGGAGAAACGUUCACGAAGGUAGUGUCCCUUUAUGUCCCCAGACAAAGAUGAGUGCUCGAAAGAGAACGGAGGCUGCCAACAUGAGUGCGUCAAUACCUUCGGGAGCUACAGCUGUCAGUGCCGCAGUGGCUUUGUGCUGCACGAGAACAAACAUGACUGCAAAGAAGGUACCGAUCGGCCACCUGCACACAGAAACUGAGACCCACUGGCACAUUGAUUCUUGGUUUAUGUAUUUUAUGCGGGUUGGAGCUCUGGAGGUUAUUUUUAGGGGGAUGACUUCACAGGAGGUUGGUGGCACCUUAAUUGGGGAGGACGGGCUCGUGGUAAUGGUUGGAGCGGAAUGAGUGGAAUGGUAUCCAAUGCAUCAGACACAUGGUUUCCAUGUGUUUGAUGCCAUUCCAUUGGCUCCGUUCCAGACAUUAUUAUGAGCCGUCCUCCCCUCAGAAGCCUCCAGUGGAUGACUUCUUAUUACAAUGAUUGGAGGUGAGGAGGUACACACUCCCAUGUGCCAAGUACAACAGUGCAGCUCCUGAGUGGAGUUUGAACAUUGGUCUGUGUGGAGCAGUAAUGAUACAGGGGAGCGAUGUUGACUUUGUGGAUGUAUUUUUGCAGCCGGCUGUGAUCACGUUGUGAACAGUGUGACUGGCAAGAUCACAAGCCCCAAUUGGCCAGAUAAAUACCCCAGCAAAAAGGCAUGCACCUGGGCACUCUCCACCACCGCAGGCCAUCGCAUCAAAAUCGUAUGUGUUCCACUCCAACUCUCUCUAUAAUCUUAACAUACAGAUUGUAUGUGUGUGCGUAGGUAUGGGUAUGCAUGUGUUUGUGGGAAGGGGGGUUUGGAUGAACUGUGGAAACCAUUGAGGACUUUGCACUGUACUGUACUGAGCACCACAGCCUCUGCUUGAUUGAAACAAUCCCCUAACCAUAAAUGGCUCCCCCUUCUGUCACAAUCAUACCGUUUGUCUUAAUCCAUGGCAUACUGUACAUAUCUCAGUUUUUUUAAUAUGGUUAACUUGGCUUAGCCAAUGCAAAGUGAUUGCAUGUGUCUAUCUCUUCAUUCCAAUGGGUUUCUUAAGGUUAUUACAUUUUUACAUUUACAUUUUAGUCAUUUAGCAGACACUCUUAUCCAGAGCGACUUAGUUAGUGAGUGCAUACAUUUUUAUUUAAUUUUUUCAUACUGGCCCCCCGUUGGGAGUCGAACCCACAACCCUGGCGUUGCAAACGCCAUGCUCUACCAACUGAGAUACACGGGACUGAGCUACACGAUUACCCUGAUAGGGAACCAUUAUGUUUCAUACUCUAGCUCUUCUAGCUCUUGUAAAACAGGCUGCAUACCUGUGACCCUCUUUCUCUCCCCUCAUACUUUGUCUCAGGCCUUCAAUGAAAUCGACAUGGAGGCCCAUCUAGAGUGUGCCUACGACCACAUUGAGAUCUACGACGGGCGCGACAGCAAAGCCCCCAGUCUGGGUCGCUUCUGUGGCACCAAGAAGCCUCCUCCCAUUAUGUCCAGUGCCAACAAGAUGUUCAUCCGCUUCUUCUCUGAUAACUCUGUACAGAAGAGGGGCUUCGAGGCAUCCCACACAGCAGGUAUAUUACUGCCAUCACAACUUAAACUCUAGCCCACUUUGUGACUAGAAAUACUGCAGUGGUUUCUCAUAAAUGGUCAUUGGUUAGUUCCUUCUAAAUUAUGUCUAUGGUGUUAUUUUUAUCUCCAGAGUGUGGAGGUCGUCUGAAGGCUGAGGUCAAGACCAAAGACCUGUACUCCCAUGCUCAAUUCGGCGACAAUAACUACCCCGGUGCGUCUGACUGCCAGUGGGUGAUUGCGGCUGAGAAAGGCUAUGGGGUGGAGCUCAUCUUCCAGACCUUUGAAAUCGAGGAGGAGGCUGACUGUGGCUACGACUACAUGGAGCUCUUCGAUGGUGCUGACACCAAGUCCCCAAGGCUAGGACGCUACUGUGGCUCUGGGGUAAACUCACUGAUAACCUCAUCUAUUGAAAUACUUUUUCUGCCCAACAGAAUUUUAGCACCAACAAUGUACUGUCAUAAUAUAAUUGUUCUAGUUUUAUUGAACCACUGCAGCUGUGUUAAAACAACACUUUCAGAGGCAGUGUAUAAUUAGCUCUGCAGUCGAAUAACCUUUUAAACUGUGUGUCUGUGUUUGAGCUUUAAGGAAUGGCCCCAGGGUUGUGAAGAUUUCCACUCCGCUCUCCAGCUUUAAUCACUUUGUUAAAGUUGAUGUGUUCCUCUGGGUUGGACAUUAUAGCUUCAGUAGCAGCUGAGCUCAAUAAGAGCGGGCCCUGGCUGGCUUGUGAUAGGCUAUCAUGGUCUCCAGCACUCAGCUGUAACUGAGAAUGAAUCAGCCAGUGCUGAGGCUACAGCGGGUGGGGCGUAGCUGGAACAAUGAGGCCACUGGGGAGUUGAAACAUUAGCUCCAUAGGCCAGGGAACACCUUGAUUUCAUUUAACAUACUUAAUAAUAAGCCUGUAAUAAGCCAAUAAUAAGUCUGUCUCUCUAGCUACUCUACUGAUGCCUGGUCCUUUAAAUCAGUUCUAGCAGGAGAUGGUUGGCACAUAAUGCUCACAGUACCAAAAGGAACGCUUCCUCCAUCAUGUCAUUUUUAGACAUAUUGGACUAAACUGUAAACUGAGACUGUAAAGUAAGGUAGAAAGCUCAUAAUGAGUUUUUUGGAGAAUAAGUGGAAGUUGUUCACUCCAACAGCCCUCCCCCUCCCUUAGGCUACAGUCCCUUCAGUCUGGAUCUAUGAGAUAUAAUUUGGUUUUAAUUGAAGUGCAGUCAGAGUGCCAGAAAGCGACAGCCGUUAACUCAAUCUGUGUUUUUUUUCCUCUGUUCCCCCAGCCUCCCGAGGAGAUCUACUCUGCCGGCGAUUCCAUUGUAAUCAAGUUCCGCUCUGACGACACCAUCAACAAGAAAGGCUUCCAUGUCCGCUACACCAGCACUAAGUUCCAGGACACACUGCACUCGCGCAAGUGA